UUCAAAAUCACAUGAAUAUUCUGUGUUUUUGCUGUAGAUCAUACCACUCGAAGUUAGGAAGUAUUUCGAAAGUCACCGCUAAAAAUGGAAGCACUGAGGCUUAUUUUAGGGGUGUAAAUUCUGAGCUAGACCCUAAACAUUUCAUAAUCGUUGACAAAAACAGUGGAAUAUUUGGCAGAAUUCCGGGGGAAAUAAAUGGACAGCAGUUUGUGAUACAGAACUGCAAGAACUCUUACAUAUAUCUCUUAGACCAUUCAAUUGCAAUAACUGUCGAUGACUGUUCAAGCUGUACAAUCGUAACAGGACCUGUCAAAACCAGUUUCUUCAUCAGGGAUUGCCGGCAGUGUACUGUGGUGACGGCUUGCCAACAGUUCCGGUCGAGAGACUGUCAUGAAAUAGUUGUUUUCCUGGCAUGCACCACAGAACCUAUUAUCGAGUCCUGUACAGAUUUCACCUUCGGACCUUACCAGUGCAGCUAUCCAGGUUUGGAAGAUCAUUUUACAUCAGCUGGUCUCAAUAUAUUUAAUUGUAAUUGGUCAGAUGUGUAUGAUUUCACUCCAGAUGAGAAUACAGACAGUGUGCACAUUUCAUUAUUCGAAAAGUAUGAUCAAAUAGAAAAAUACAUUUUAACACCACAAACUGCAUUGGAACAUGAACUUGAAAGCAACAAGCUAAAAGAUGCUGAAGAUUCCAUAGCUCUUUUGCAGCCGCUAAUGUCGCUACCGUUGUCUUUCUCAUCUGACCACUCUGUUGUUCCCCUUACAAUUGGUAAUAAAUCAUUAUUUACUUCAUUGGUUCAAGUCAAUAAUCCACAAAUGGGCAAUCAACCCAGUGAAUCUGCACUUAUCACAGUAUUUCCUCAUGAAGAGGCUAUUCAUUCAGCCAAAAUAAUCUGUGACUACCUUAGAACGGCUGGCUUUUGCGCUAUUGUCCGAACUCGAUGUUCUCAAUUUUCUGAGCAUGAAAUCGAACAGAUUUUCAAGUGUAAAUCUAAUUCAAAAAUGUGUAAAUCAGGUGAUGUAAUAACUAUUGAAGUUGUUGGCUUAUCAAAUACUCUGAAGACAAUCUGUGAAGAAGUUCUCUUGAAAACAAAUCUUCCAGAAUCUAGUAAAUCUUCUAUUCAAGUUAUCACUGACCAAUUGGAAACGACGCAAAGAAUUAAUCUGCUUAGUGGGUUGUACAAAAUGCAUAUGAACGCUUGAUUGAGAUGAAUAGUGUGAAUAUCGAUUAACCAUUCUGUUUGAAUGAUUUAUCGAUUGAUGACUGUUAUGCACUUUUGUAUUUAUUCCUGUAUCAUGUUAUAGAAUUUGUUAUUAUAUGCUUGGUUUUUUUUGUUGUCGUGUAUUUAAAUGACCUAUUCUUUUGUUUGUUUCUUCACCCAUCAACUAGUUGUUUCAUAAAUCGACAAACUACUGUUUUCUUGAUAAAUGAAUGAAGAUAAAAGG